AUGAGGUCGCUCUCAGCCCCAGACCUCGUCUCGGCGUCUGGCUCAGGCAAACAGGCCGAUGGCGACCCGGUCGGGAAUGUCGCACCUUUCCAAGUGGUUGUGCGAGAUGACAACUGCAUAGUCAUUUCCCUGGAAGCCGCUGACGUGGUGAGCUCAUCCUCAGUGUAUGUUGUGAAGAUCACUGGUGAAUCCAAGAACUAUUUUUUCCAGUUUGAUGAAUUCAACAGCACUUUACCUGCUCCUGUGGUUUUUAAUGCCACCUACCAUGGUCUUUAUUACAUAGUGACUCUGAUGGUGGUGAAUGCAAAUAUGAUUUCCAAGCCAUCUAGAUCACUCACUGUGUUAACUAAGCCUUUACCUGUAACCAGCGUUUCCAUCUACGAUUAUAAACCAUCACCUGAAACGGAAGUAUUGUUUGAAAUCCAAUAUCCAGAGAAGUAUAAUGUUUUCACGCGGGUGAAUAUAAGUUACUGGGAAGGAAAAGAGUAUCGAACAAUGUUAUAUAAAGAUUUCUUUAAAGGCAAAACUGUUUUCAAUCACUGGCUGCCUGGAAUAUGUUACAGCAACAUCACAUUUCAGCUGGUGUCUGAGGCAACGUUCAAUAAAACCACGCUGGUGGAAGACAGUGGGGUUAAGCAUGAACCUAAGCAGCAUCGGACAGUUCCCUAUCCACCCCGAAACAUGUCUGUACAAAUUGUACACACGAAUAGCAAUGAGAACUGGGAAGAGCACAGUGGGAAUUCCCUAGAAGAAUCCUUCUUAGAGACACAGAAUGCUAUUGGGCAGGAAAAAGUUACUCCUGUGUUGGAUGAGAUGUCUGAGUUUCCAACAGUCAACACUUCCUAUAUUUGGCCUGAUUAUUACUCUAACAGCAGUGAUUAUGAAAGCACGUCUCAGCCGGAUUGGUGGACUAAUGAAUCUGAUGCUCCAGAGAAUGAGGAUGAAUUUGUUAAUGCAGUUCCAAGGGAUUAUGAGAACCUCAUCCCAACUGUAGAGGUUGAAAAGCCUACUUCCAGACCUCCAUCAUUCCUUCCAGUGAAAAUGGUGUUGAGCUGGUUACCUCCAAAGCCACCCACAGCAUUUGAUGGCUUCCAUAUUCGUAUUAAGAGAGAAGGUAACAUUACAAGCAACAUAGUCCAGAAUGUUGGCCCUUGA